UUUCCUCCCUUCCCUUCCCUCCGCCCCCGACCCGCCAGGCGCGGCCCCAUCGCGUCACCGCGGGACGCAGGCGCGGCGCGGUGUCGUGUCCCCGGCGGCGGCGGGGCGGGUGCCGGGCGGCGGCGGCGGCGGCGCGGACAUGGCGCUGUCGCUGGGCGAGGGCGGCGGCGGCGGCAGCCGGCUGAGGCGGCAGCUGGAAUCGGGCGGCUUCGCGGCGGGGGAGUACGUGAAGCAGCUGUCACAGCAGUCGGACGGGGACCGGGACUUGCAGGAGCACCGGCAGCGCAUCCAGGCGCUGAGCGAGGAGACGGCGCAGAGCCUGAAGCGCAACGUCUACCAAAACUACCGGCAGUUCAUCGAGACGGCGCGGGAGAUCAGCUACCUGGAGAGCGAGAUGUACCAGCUCAGCCACAUCCUCACCGAGCAGAAGGGCAUCAUGGAGGCCGUCACCCAGGCCCUGCUCCUCCAGGCCGACCGCGACGACCCCGCGCUGGGCGCUCGCCGCGUCGCCGCCGCCGAUCCCUUCCUGCCGCUGACGGCCAAGGAUGCCGCGGCCAACGAGGAGGGGCGGCAGCGCACUCUCACCACCCUCCUGGAGAAGGUGGAGGGCUGCCGCGACCUCCUGCCCGAGAGCCCCGGCAAGUACCUGGUCUACAACGGCGACCUGGUGGAGUACGACGCCGACCACAUGGCGCAGAUCCAGCGGGUGCACGCCUUCCUCAUGAACGACUGCCUGCUCGUGGCCACCGCCCUGCCCAACCGCCGCGGCGCCUACCGCUACGACGCCCUGUACCCCCUCGACGGGCUGGCCGUGGUCAACGUCAAGGACAACCCGCCCAUGAAGGACAUGUUCAAGCUGCUCAUGUUCCCCGAGAGCCGCAUCUUCCAGGCUGAGAACGCCAAGAUCAAGAAGGAGUGGCUGGAGGUGCUGGAGGAGACCAAGCGCAACCGUGCCCUCAGCGAGAAGCGGCGCCUGGAGCAGGAGGCCCUGCCCCGGCCCGCCCCUACGCCCCCCGAAUCCACCAACCCCUUCGACGAGGAUGAGGACGAGGAGGAGGAGGAUGAGCCCUCCGCUGAGGAGGAGGUCGUUGACCUCUCACUUGAGUGGAUCCAGGAGCUGCCCGAGGACCUGGACGUCUGCAUCGCUCAGCGGGACUUCGAGGGGGCGGUGGACCUCUUGGAUAAACUGAACGAGUACCUGGCGGACAAGCCGGUGAGCCAGCCCGUGAAGGAGCUGCGGGCCAAGGUGGACGAGCGCGUCCGGCAGCUCACAGACGUGCUGGUGUUCGAGCUGUCUCCGGACCGCUCGCUGCGAGGAGGGCCGCGGGCCACCCGCCGAGCCGUGUCCCAGCUCAUUCGCCUGGGCCAGUCCACCAAGGCCUGCGAGCUGUUCCUGAAGAACCGGGCGGCCGCCGUGCAGACGGCCAUCCGGCAGCUGCGCAUCGAGGGCGCCACGCUCCUCUACAUCCACAAGCUCUGCCAUGUCUUCUUCACCAGCCUCCUGGAGACGGCCAGGGAGUUUGAGACGGACUUCGCCGGCAACAACGGCUGCUACUCGGCCUUUGUUGUCUGGGCCCGCUCGUCCAUGAGGAUGUUUGUAGAUGCCUUCAGUAAGCAAGUAUUUGAUAGCAAAGAGAGUUUGUCAACUGCGGCAGAGUGUGUCAAGGUGGCUAAGGAGCACUGCAAGCAGCUGAGCGAGAUUGGACUGGAUCUCACCUUCAUCAUUCAUGCCCUCCUGGUAAAGGAUAUCAAAGGUGCUUUGCAGAGCUACAAGGAUAUCAUCAUCGAGGCCACCAAGCACCGCAACUCUGAGGAGAUGUGGAGAAAGAUGAACCUGAUGACUCCGGAGGCGCUGGGGAAGCUCAAGGAGGAGAUGAGGAGCUGUGGGGUGGGCAAUUUUGACCAAUACACGGGUGAUGACUGCUGGGUCAACCUCAGUUACACUGUAGUAGCUUUCACUAAGCAGACUAUGGCCUUCUUGGAGGAGGCAUUAAAGCUUUACUUUCCAGAGCUGCAUAUGGUUCUCCUGGAGAGUCUCGUGGAAAUCAUCCUGGUGGCUGUCCAGCACGUCGAUUACAGUUUACGGUGUGAACAGGACCCUGAGAAAAAAGCAUUCAUUAGGCAGAAUGCCUCUUUCCUGUAUGAAACUGUCCUUCCUGUUGUGGAAAAAAGGUUUGAGGAAGGAGUUGGAAAACCAGCCAAGCAGCUACAGGAUCUGAGAAAUGCCUCAAGAUUGAUGCGUGUAAAUCCGGAAAGUACAACCUCUGUGGUGUGAAGUGAACCUAACUGUUCCUGGGAACAAGGUGGCAGCACUUACUGAAGAUGUUGUACAUUGAACAGAUGAACUAAACGGGGGGUUUUUUGAGUCCCUGAAAGAGGCAGAACUCUUGUCUGCUGCAUUCCAGAAGCUGAAGACUUUGAAUUAAUCCCUGCAAGCAUGCAAUGCUUUACUUGGUGGAUGGGGUGUAGGGAAGUGAAAUGGUGGAGGUCAUGUGUCCUUGGACAGCAUAUCCUGUACAAUGGGCUUGUGUAGUAUUUGUGACUUGGGAAAUAACUGUGACACGCAAAUUUUGGCCAAUUUGUCAAAGUCUUACGUACGUGUACAGCAGAUGGCAGGAAAAGAUCAGUUCUCAUCUUGUCACUGUAGCAGUUCUUUUUUAAGGCAGUGUUCUGGUAGGAGGGGAAGUGCUGAAACAUUCCCAGGGUGUGGUAUUCAGGAAGGCACAUCCACCAUCCAGAUGUGACUCAGCACUGCAGAUAAAUGACAUGGAUUUGCACAGUGUGAGUUUUGUGGUAGCAAUGCAGACUUUUCUUUAACCUUUAGAUUAUCUUCAUGCAUUUCAGAGGCAGAUUGAAGUAAAAAUGUUUUCAGUAUAGGUUCUGGUGUUUGGGUGAAGGGGCUUCUUCUGUUAAAUAAGCUGGCCUGUCAGCCUGAGUUACAGCUGUCUGAAAACAAACCUGCUGUCAGAACCAUUUGUUCGCUUCAAGAGAAGUGAGAAUAAAUUGCUUCCCUUCCUCUUUGUGUUCCUCUUCCAUGUUUUCUCAUGGAUCUAAUUGGGGUCACGUCCAUUUAGUGAAGUGUGCACUGUUGCUUGAGGUGCUGUCACAAAUGCCUUAUGGGCUGUUGUCUCCUGGUUGGAACCGUAGUGAAGAGGCAUAAAUGCUCUUGAGACAUGCAGGGCAGGGAGAGGGACUGAAGGGACUGGUUCAUUUGGAAGAAAUGGAAUGCUAGUUUUGCUGUACAGAACCAACACCUGGUGAAAAGACUGUGAGGCUUUUUGUUAGAGAUGUGAACUUUGAAAUAUACACUGUCUCCUGCAAGAACUAGCAUAAUUUCCUGCAAUACAGCAAUAAGCAAGAAGAAUUUUUUUUUUUUUUCAGAAAUCACAAGGAUUUGGUUGGCAAUUUUAAUGUUGAUGGUGAAAGUUUAUACAAAUGCUCUUACGUUUGGAUUGAAUGGUGUUGGCUGUCUCAUGCAGUGUAUAUUUGUGAAAAUAAAGUAAGCCAAGUCUUGUGUCAAGGCUGGCUUUGGAAAGCUGUCAGCUUCAACUUCUAAGCUGUGCAAACUUCUUCUGCUUCUGUGCAAACCUUCUUAGUUGUGAGAAAAUCAUGUUACAGCUAAGGGACUUUGUGAUCAGUCCCUCAAAAAGCGUCCUCAACUGGAAUAACUAAAUAUCCUCUUCAUGUAGCGCUUUCAAAUUAAAGCUCCUGCAGUUUGUAUCAUGGUAAUGAAUGCCUUGUGACUCCCUGAACAAACAAAAGGUAUCACUAGUAAAACAUUCUGCAUAACUGUUAUACUGAAGCUUCUUAAUUUCUCCUUGUUUUCAUAGUGCUAGUUCCAUGCAGUUUCCACUUGAGUGGCUGGGUUUUGUUCUCUUGCUCUUUGGAUGCCUUUUGAACUGACAGAUUUUGCAAAGCAUCCUAUUGUCUCUGCUCACUUGCUUUUCAGUGUUUGGGCCUUUUGCUAGACACUCACAAAAAAAGUCAUGCAAAAUGUUUUUAAAGGGUAACUUGUUGCUCCCAGCUUGCGUUGACUGAAAACCAGUGAAAUAGCUCUACUUUUAUUUUAAGGGACAGGGACACUGAGUUAGAACUUGUGUAACAUGUUCUGUCAAAGAGAGAGAGAGUGUCCUACUGGUGUUAUUUCAGUAGUGAACUGCUUUUGAUAUCAGAACCUAGUGAAGUAUAGCAAAGCAAUAUAAUCUCUGUCAUCUGCUUGAAGUGGGAAACCUAAUCUGAGAAAUACUUUCAAGUGAAUUCUAAAUGAGAGCUCUCUGUGGUGAUGGGUAUUUUGGAGGAGAGGGAGAAGAGAUGGCUUUUUUUUUUGUGAACAUGGGUAUAUUUCUUUUUAUUUAACAGCAGAAGAAAGCAGAAUAAAUACAGAAUGAGCCUUAUCUUUGUGUGUGUGUGUUUGCAAGACAAGGGUUAGAUCUGGAACUCUAGACUGAUUAUUGUGAUGCUUGGGGAUUUAAUGCAAGAAGCUGAAUUGUAGUUUCCCAAUUUUCAAGCAUUAACGUGAGGCUGAAAAGGAGGAGAGCCCUGUUCAUGCUUCUGUUGUGAGCUGGUGCAGCACAGCUUACCCUCAGCAGAGGACGAAAUAUAGAAUGUAAUUUUGCCACAUGCUCUGUAAUGCUUCUGUCACUGAGCCCUUCAUCAAUCUAUUUGUGGCACACUGAGCCUGCUGAUUUUGUCUCUGCUGUCAUCCAUGGAGCAAUGGACUUACGCUGAUGUUGGUUUUAAUGCAUCAGGGAAUUCAUCGCAUCAGGAAUCUUUUCAUUUGAGUCAUCAAACAUCAUGUUCUUGUGCCUGUCACAAUUCAAACAGGUGUGGAUUGUAUACACUGUUAUAAGUGGCAUUGAUAUUUUGUAACUUGGGACUCUAUUAAAGUCAUCAUAAAAGAAAAACACUAACAUAAAGAAAAUGGUGUAGAAUUAAACUAAACACCUAUUUAUGUUAACUUGGUUAACAGAGAAAAAUCAGUGUAUGCUGAGUCAUAGUUAAAAAAUUUCAGUUUUGGAAUGGCACUUUCCUUUUCUUGAGCUGUACACUUGUGGCGAUAGUGUUCAAAUUGGGAUUUGCUGUAACUACUGAAUGAACUACAGUUCUGCUAACUUGAGAAGGCACUAAUAUUGGGUUUUUUUGAGACAACUGCAUAUAAAAUCUGGUUUCCUUUAGGUGCUGUGGCAAAAUUGUGUAAAAUGAUUUUUUAAAAUUCAGGUACAUUUAUGUAUUAGAAUUUAAUGCAAUAACUUUUCUGAUCAGUAAGGACCAUGUAUUAAAACUUUUGGACCUACA